AUGACAGACGGACGUCCAAUCCUCGGAAGUCUGUACGUCUACGCACCCAACGACGUCGCGCCAGUCGUGUUUAUCGUCUUGUUCGCACUCUCAGCAGUUGGCCAUAUAUGGCAAUGCCGCCGAUACAAUGACCGGCACUUGACAGGCGUCCAAGCAUUCUGCGCAGUCCUGUACACGAUCGCCUAUGCUCUUCGAGAGUAUGGCGCGUUCAACUACUUGUACUCCACGCCCAACUUGGCUUGCUUUAUCAUCAGCGAAGUUUUUAUUUAUAUUUCCCCUCCCCUCCUCGAACUAGCCAACUACCACAUCCUGGCGCGCAUCUUCUUCUACGUCCCGCACGAAGCGACCAUCCCUCCAAACAUGGUCUUCGCUCUCUUCGGCGGCUUUGUGGCGAUUGUAGAGGGGUUGAACGGCGUCGGCGUCGGCUUCAUCUCCAAUCCGUCCUCGUCCCCGUCGAAGCAAGAGAUCGGAAGUCACUUGACGAUCGCCUCGCUGGCACUGCAGAUCGUGAACAUCAUGACCUGCUACUCCCUCGCCAUCAUCUUCCACUGGCGAUGCAGUAAGACCAAGACUGCGAGCGCGGCCAUUACCGCGCCCCUGCUCGCGCUGUACGCGAGCAUGGCGAUGAUACUGACCCGGAGCGUCUUUCGCCUGGUCCAGAAUUCAGGCGACGUGGCGCUCGACAUCUAUGAUUACCCGGCGUUGGAGAAGCUCACACCGUUGCGACGGUAUGAGUGGUACUUUUACGUGUUUGAGGCGGCGCCCAUGCUCGUGAGCUCGAUUGUUUGGAAUGUUUGGCAUCCUCGGCGGUAUCUGCCUGAGAAUCCGUGUCUUCAUUUGGAUCGGGAUGGAGUCACUCUCGUCGGACGGCUGGAUAGGGAAGAGAAGCGAUCGGUGAUGCAGAGGACUGGGAAUGUGUUGUCUUUUGGUAUGCUGUUCCAGGCGAAGAAGCGAGCGCCGGAGAUGUUGGAGGAAGCAUGA